GGCAGCGCGGGAGCUUCGGAGCGGCGCCCGCCGCGGCCCCGGCCGGCCAUGGACCGCUACGUGCUGCUCCUGAGCUGGGCCGAGCGCAGGGCCCAGGGCGGGCCCGCUGCAGCCACCGCCGCAGCUGGGACUGCUGCAGACAUGUAUCAGUUCCUGAAAAAAAGUUGUAAUGCAUCUAUAAAUGCAGAUGUGAGCAUAUUCCCAGCUUGCUCAGUGGCUGGUAUUCCAUGCGCAAAGAAAUGGUAUUUUGCAAGUCAUAUCAUUUGUGGUUAUUAUCAGUUCUGCAGUUCUGACUGGGAGGAAAUAAAUGUUGAUGCACAGAAAAAUGAAGACUCUUACCAAGCAAGCAUUGACGAGAACCUGGGAACCACACAAAAUUUUGAGGAAGAUGACAGUAACAGUCAGGAAUCACUGUCUCUGACUGAUAUCUAUGAUGAAGCUGCUGAAAGUCUGCAUCAAUUAGCUGAUAAAUUGCCUGCCCCAGGCAGAGCAAUGGUUGAUGUAAUCCUGCAGGCUGUUGAGUGUGAUGGACCCAAGUUAAAGGACUGCUUACCUGCUGUUGGUGCCCUGAAACACCUGAGAGAGUGGCACUCUGCACAGAUCACUAUUGCUGCAAGUGAUGCUAAAGGUAGUUGGCAAAAGAUUGCAGACUAUCUGUCAGCAGACUUCGUAUCUUCAGAUGAUAUAAUGAAUAUUAUUGAUUUAAAUGAACUCUGGAGAGGAAAGAUUCAGAUAUGGGAAAGAAAGUUUGGAUCAGGAGUAGAUUUUCCAGAAUUUUGUAUAAAGAGCACUUCACCCAAGACAUUCAGGACUGCAAAUUUAAGUUCUUGCUUUGCUGCUAAAAAAGAGUGCCAGUUGAGGAAUACUGAUACUUUGCCAGAAGUUUUUCAUUACUAUGGCCCUGCGCUGGAGUUUCUACAGGUGGUGGUGCUCUCUGAUCUACCUUCCAUUUUUAUAUCAGAUCUGGAGUUUGAGCUGAGCCUGUCAAGAAAGAGUACCAAGGAGGCAUCUACACUGCUUUUGGACCAGAUUUCUUUUCUCUCUGGGAAGGUGGGAGCUUUAUUUACAUUGCCAUGUAAUGUAAGCAGUGUAGUGAUCCCAUCUCCUGCCCAGCUGGGCACCAAGAAAUGGAAGGAAUAUAUGGCUAAGAAACCCAAGGUCAUUUCUGUUCCAGAAAUUGAACUGAAAGGAGAAUCUUGCCGAUACUAUUUCUUGCUACAAGGCAAUGGCUCUGGAGGAUGUAAAGCAACCUUGAUUCAUUCAGCUGGUCAGAUCAAUGGGAUGGCCACUCUUGCUGCAGUAAAUGGAAAGCUGAAGGCAAAAGCAGAAGAAACAGAGUCAGGCUUUCAUAUUUCUGACUUGAUAAGGUCUCUGCCAUGCUAUUGUGGUGAGGAUAUUGUACAGAGAGAAACAAAACUGUCUCGUCUCCAAGUGUUUGCCUUGGAGGAGUAUCUCAAGAGAAAGGAAUUGACCAAGCAGCCUGCAGUUAUUUCUACCAAUGAGUUUAAAAGCUUAUUAAAACUCACAAGGGAAUGUUUUUUGGACCUGUGCAGCACUAGUCUUCCUAAACCUGUUCCACAGAAGGUCUGCAAUAAAACCAAGUCAUGCACCGAGACUCGUGAGCCUUAUUUAAUAGAGCCAAAUCCAUUGGAGUGGCCAGAAAGAGAUGUUCUUCAGAAUUUGGAAAACUUUGAAAAAAACAAACAAAAAAUGAGAGUUCCUCUGUUUGCACAUUCACCUGAGCAGUUGCUGGGACACAAGGACAGCCAGCGGGAGUCCCUGACAUUGCUGGAUGCUAAAGAGCUGCUCAAGUACUUCACCCCAGAAGGGCUGCCUGUGGGGGAUCUGCAGCCACUCCAAGUUCCCAAGCGUGAAAAUGCAUUUCUUUUGACACCAGAGCUUACUCCUGGAAAACUCAGAAGUUUGCCUUUUGAAAAAGCAGCUGGAUGCCAUUAUCAUGGACUUGAAUAUUGUCUUGAUAACAGAAGAGCCUUGGAGAGAGAUGUGGGAUAUGCUGAACUUCAAACUCGCCUUAUUCGCUAUGAAACUCAGACUACUUGCACCAAAGAGUGCUGCCCUGUGCCACUUGUCUUGAGUCCUCUCCCAUCUCCUGCAGUCUUGUCAGAGCCUGGAAGUGUCCCUGAUGGAGAGACUUUGCAAAGUGAAUUCAAAACAGAGACAUCAAGGCUAAAACGCAGAUCAAAAGACCUGGAUUACUUUUAUCCCAAGAAAAGGCUAACCAAAUCUGAGAGCACAGACUCGCUGCUGUCCCAGGCCAGCGGCAGCAGCAGGAGUCACUGUGCCGUGGCUGUGCCGAGGAAGCGCUCGGAGAGAUCCGCUGGUGCGGCUGCAGCGCCAUCGAAACUGCCCGGCCAGGGCCUCGGAGCUGCCGCCAGGGCUGGCCCCGCUGCACAGCCUGAGGCUGCCAAGCCAGAGAAGGAAUCGAGAUCCCAGAAACACACGAGGAUGCUGAAGGAAGUGGUUGCUAAGACUCUUCAAAAACAUGGAAUUGCAGAAGAUCAUAAGUGCUUUGCAUCGUGCAGCCAGCGUCUAUUUGAGAUAUCAAAAUUCUACUUAAAGGACCUAAAAACUUCUAGAGGACUUCUUGAUGAAAUGAAGAAAACAGCAAAUAGCAAUGCUAAACAGGUAAGACCAUGUGUUUAUUUGUUCCUGUACAUAGCCACAGGAUGGUUUAGUCCACAGCUUUAGGAGAUGAAGAGGUGCAUGUGGGUCUCAUUUCACUCUGAUCUCACACAAACGCUCUCAGUCAGUAGUUCCAAGGCAGAAUUUCCAGGUUUUGGAUGGUAUUUUACUUACAGCUGCCAAGAUGAUGUGCCACAGUGAGAAAUGGAAAUGAAGACAAUAAAUGUUUCUACAUCACUGAAACAAACAAAGAGGAAAUCAAGAAAAUAGGAGAUGAGAUUUUUCUUUAAUUAGGAUCAUUAGGGAGUUGUUCUUUUCUUGUGUUGAAGGAAAUAACAUUUCAAAGGUUAGGAAGUCAUAAGCAGUUCUAUGAAAGGAAAUAAUUUUUUUUUAAAGAAGCAAUGAAAAUGAGUAAUUUUAGGCUUGUGAGUAACUGUAAGCACAAGGGAUAUCAGGUGGGGUUAUUUGUGCAUAAUGUGGGACUUACAUGCACAGCAGCACAGAGCGAAUGACAGAAGUAAAUAUUCCUCCAGAAAUUAAGUAACUGGUACUGAGUUCUGAGACAUACACUGAAGUGACUCCAUGAUUUGGGGAAAAAAAAGGAAAAAAAGUGUAAUGCAGAAUUACAGUACAAUUUUUAUAAUCAUAAAUUAAAUGGAAGAAUUUGUAUUCCUUUGUGGAUUGCUUUGUAUGGAUGAUAAGGUUUCAAAAACUAUAUGGGUUGUGAUGUUUGGUGUUGAACUGGGCUAUUGUGCUGAUACACUGCUUCUCACCUCCAUCUUUGUCUGGGCAGAAAAUUGAUUGUUUUUUGUUCAUUUGCUGUUGGCAAAAGGCAUUAAAAUUGGUAUUCUCCUAAACUGCUUAAGUCUCUGUAUUAGAGAGUAUUUUGAAAUUAUUUUACAAAAAUAUAAUUGCCAAGGACUAGUCAGUGGUCUGAACAACUGCCCUGCUUGGAAAGCAGCAGCAAUAAUGGAGGUAGAUACAGCAGUGCAUAAAUUAUCCUUCAUUCUUUCUUCUCUGGCAUUAGGAACUUUUACUGCUGGAAGCAUGAGCUGUUUGGUAUUAUGUGCACCUUCUUGCUGGUGUAUGGAGAGAAUGGGGUGAAGUAUUUCAAUUCAGGGGUUCUAAACAUGCCUUUUGCUAAAGACAAAGCAUUCUGUAAGAUUAAAUACAAUUAUAGGGUAAUGCUGUUUCCUCUCAGAUUAUUGACAAUACUUUCUUCUCCUGAGUAGUUUGGUUUUAAAUCCUGUUUAGUAAGCACUACAUGGAUGGUAACAAAGGACUAAAGAAAGAAUUGAUAACUGUGAGAUAAUUUGCUUUCAAAACCAGGAGGUAUGUAAAUUGUUUGUUUUCUCAUUUAUUUGCCCAGGUGAUUGAAUGGGUUUUGGAAAAGACUAGCAAGUAGAGGCACUGUGUGGAUUCUAUUCACACCUUCCCAGGAGCUGUGGAGACAGAGCACUUCUGACUUGAGAAGCAUUAUGCUGCCCAAUGCACACACAGAUCUGCACACUGGGAGGACUUUGGUCAGUGUAGUAUUAAUAUACACUCAUUCUUCAAGCACAGCAGCAAGGUUGGAAACUUUUUAUAUUGAAAGUUUUAAAUUUUUUUUAUUCAAAUGAAAAGAGGUUGUAUUUUAUAUGUGUAUUUAUUAUGUUUGUUAAAAGGAAUAUAGCUUGACUUGAAUUAUAAAGCUUUGUAUAUUUGUCAACCAGUGUAUUUGGUUUUUAUAUUAAUAAAAAAACCCACAUAUUUAAUUUUGAUAACUACUACUUUGUUUUACCUUUUUGUGUGAAGAUCUCUAUUCUACUUCAGCUUGCUCUUGUAUAAACAGCUGUUUACAGCAUCAGCCAUUAACAGUUUAUAUCCUAAUUAAGAAUAGUUCCUAUUCUGCAGGUGAAAACAAAACACAAUCAGAAUUUGAACCAUAAUUAUCUCUGUGUUGUAAUAUCAGGAAGAAAAAAAGCAUGGCUUGAAACAUGGUGCAAGGUCCCAUUAAAGAAAGUUUCUUCAUUUUACGAGCUGAAUUUUCGGUAUAAUUUCCUGCAUGCUCUUUGUAAGACUCCUUAGAAGAAUAUCUAAGGAGAUCUCUGAGAUUUCUUUUCCUGGAAGAGGAGAAAAUCAAAGCAAUAGUGGUAAUGAGGAUGGUGAGAGCUGGAGAAGAGCUGGUGUGCUAUGCUGAAAUGUGAGGGAAAAAAGAGUUUCUAGGUGUGUUGCAAACACUAAAUUUGGCCUCUGUUUAAUCUCUGGCAUAUACCUGGCUGGGACUAAUGUAAUUAUUCCAGUUAGUAUUUUGUUGUGAUGAGGAGUUCCUACUAAGCUUUCUGUAUUAAGGAUUUCCUAUUUAUCAUAUAAACUAACAGGAUUAAAACUGACAGAGAUGCAGGCUAUUGUUUCCUAUAUUAUCCCAGUAGGAAAAUAGAUUAAGCAAUACAAAUAUAAAUGAAAUUUAAUGUUGUGAAAAAAUAAUCAAACUAAACCAUGUGGAGGUUAGACUUAAUACUGUGAAAUCUAGGCUUUCUCUAAAGAGCCUUCCUGAUUUUGUGACGUUAUUCUUUGCUUAAUUCUAUUUGGUGUAAAGCUGAGCCCUAGGGAGGUUUUUCAUGUCUAACAGAAUCUUGAGUUAAACUGUUCUGUUCCUUUGUUCCCAAGUUACCGUUGUCCUGAACUGUACUAGACCUUUCCUGGGUGGGUGUGUACUUGGUUUAACUGAGCUGUAGUAGGAGAGCUCUGAAGUUGUUCUGCUGUGACAGUGGGCUCUAGUGAGUACUGUGCAAGCUCAGGACAAACAUAACUACUUGUAAAAUGGAUGACAUUUGUCUGCAGAAUGCCACACAUCCACAGCAUCCCAGUUUUAGGGAUUUGGUGAAAUAGAAAUGAAAUGAAGAGCGUUAUUAAAAUAAUCAUUUAAUAAGUGCGUGCACAAAAUUGCUCCAAUGUAAUGAUUACUGUGUAUGGCUCACAUUUCUUUGCAUUCAACAUAAAAACAAGAAAGUAAUCAAGACAUUAACCUUUCUUAACAUCUUAGAGUGAAUCAAGAAAGUAUCUACUUCCAGAGAGAGAAAAGCUGUAAGCUGUAGCCUUCUCUCUUCAGCCUGAAUGCUGAUACUUUUGUCUGAAUACUAAAGCAAGCCACUGAAAGUUGUGUUUUCUACUUAAUUUUGGGAAGUUUGUGUAUUUUUAAUUAAAAAAACUUUGUAGUUAGUAAUAAUACAUAAGUUGAUAAGUAAAAGUACAGAAGCUCUACAUUUCAUAAAUCCUUGAGGCUAGCUGCCAUGAGCACAGAAAAUACCUUCAGGAAAGUAAUUAAUACUUUGAACUGCUUUUCUUGUACUUCAAGUAGAACCCAAUGGUUAUUGGUUUAAUUAAUUCUGUAGACUCAAAGACUGGCCUGAAAUAAUCAGCAGGAAAGCAGUUAGGGAAGCAUAAGCAUUUUGAUGUAUUGGUUUUCUGCACAAUUCCCAGUGCAGAACUAAUACACUGCUACCCAUGUCUCAUUUGCUCUUUCUGUUGGUGGCUUUUUAGGACAAGUGGUAGCUGGUUUAUUAUUGUGGCUUAAUAACACUGUGCCCCAUUUGAGCUGUGAUAACUGUCCCUGUUCAUACUCUUAACCUACAAAAAAGUAGGCACAAUAAUUUGAUCUGGUCCACUGCAACAGCACUAAACCAAAUUAUUUUAUGUGUAUCGUAGUUCCAAAACCCCACACUGAAAGCUCCUGCAGCUUGGCUGAUACGCUGUAACUUAGGUUAUGCAGAAUGUAACAUCACCCUUUGUCUCUGAACUUCAAAUUAUUUUCUUGUUUGUGGCUGCUGAGCCCCAAAUCCAGUCUGCUUUAUGCAUAUUUUGGGUGCUUACUUUCAUGUUUCUGCAAAUCGGGACAUAAAUCCUAUUCACCAGUACACAUUUCUGGUUUGCCCAUAAUCCAUCCAUCCUGUAUAAUAAGCACAUAACAUAGCAUAAUAACAUAUGUGUAUUAUAUGUAGAAGUACAUUGUCCAUCCAUGUUAUGUGCUUAUAUUCCCCACAGGACUGGGGUAAAACAGCACUAAUGUGGUUGCCAUUACUUGGCAAUAUGAUUACUUGUAAUAUUACAGCAAUUAAUUUUAAUUACAUGAUGAGUAUCACUGGGCUACCGCAGAACUUAGCUUGGGUACUAACACUUUCCAAAUCCACAAACUUCUUUGUACCAAUUCACAGUUCUCCCAUGGAAUUUGUUUUAUAAAUUUGUUUCCUAAUGCCUCUAAUUAUUUACACAAGCAUGGAAAUUUUGAUGAAGUUAAAAAAAUGAAUAGCUAAUCCCAUGUGGGAAAAGCAGGUGAUCAUGUUUAACAGGAGGUUAUCGUCUCUGUUAAAUAUUUAAAAUGUUUUUCCCCUCAUUCUUUUAAAUAAAAAUUUUGCCCUGCUUUGUCUGGAGGGUUCACUGAGUUUAUCAAAAUUUUGUGAGCAUAUUAUUAAUAUCUGCUCUUUAAAACUGAAGUCACCACUGAAUUCAAAAGUGUCCAUAAUAUACACAAUGUAUAUAUAUAAAAAUAUGUAUUAUAUAGUGUAUUAAUGGUCUCUCUAUAUAGUAAAUAGAUUCAGUAAAUAGCUAGUUAUCAAUCUGCCAGUUUGACUUUUAUGGAAAAUAACAUAAAUUUAGAAAUCAAUGGUAGUCUAAUGAUCUGAAGCACAUAAUUUCUUUAGGCUCUGAUUCUGCUUCCACUGAAACCAAAGAAGCUCCAAUUAGCUUUUAAGCAUGGGUAAGAGGACACUGGGAAUGCUCUCAGGUGGAAAUCAGAUGAAUCUGCCCUUCGAAUCAGCUGAGCUUCCCCAUGCAAAGAGCUGGAUGGAGUGUGCUGCCUUGUCCUGUGGGAGGAAGAAAUUCUAACAGUCUGCAGAAAGCAAACACUUGUUUUGUUUCUUGGAAAGGAUCAAUUC